CGCACAUGCCAAAAAGAUCUCUCUUCUUCCCGCCACUUUUGCUACCAACAUGGUCAACUACGGGCGUUCAGGAGGAUGCGUCACUUGUAGAGAGCGGCGCGUCAAAUGUGACGAGGCAAAACCGAAAUGCCGGGCGUGUCAUCGACUCCGGCUUCAAUGUGGAGGGUACAAGACGAAAUAUGCCAAUCUUAAAUUUAAAGACCAGAGCCAUAAGUUUCACAGCCAAAGCGUUAUGGUCAGAAGCGCCACAAAACCAACCCAGGAGUAUAGCCUGCGACCGCUCAGUGAACCCGACUCGGCCGUGCCAUUUUAUCUUCACCAUUACGCCAGAAUGGGUCGUGACAUGAGCUCCGCACGCGGAUUCUACGAGGUGCUCAUUCCAAUCUACUGCUCGCAGCAGCAGGAUUCCGCGCUCUCAUUAGCUGUGUCGGCGGUUGCGUCCCAAGUACUGUCUCUUUGGCGACAUGAUAACUCUCCCCGGCCACAGGUGGCUUACGCCCAGGCUGUCCAGUGUCUUCGACGUACAUUACAGGAUUCCCGUGAAUGGGGUAGCGCAGCAACAAUACUAGCGGUUUUGUCCCUGCAGCUAUUUGAGACUAUCGCCGCCAUUUACGGGCUUCGGUCAUCUACGCAGAUACACCAUAACGGGGCUGUGUCUUCCCUUCCAUUGGCCCGUGCAGGCGAUAAUAAUGAAAUUUUAAGUGCAUACACCCGGCAGUUCAUUCUUCAUAGUGAAAUAUGCUCGGCCAUUCGCCAAGGAAGACAAUUGCAAACGGUCGCAUCCUCAUGGAUCAGAGACAACGGCCUAUUCACCGUACCUGAUAACCCAAGUGCCGCACUUGAUGCCAUUGGAGUGUCUGUUGCUAGGCUACAGGCGCAGUUGAAGCUGGAAGUACAGAGUGGUUACGUUACGCUGUCACGGGAAGCUCUGAGCGAAUACAUUGCCAAGACGCGACAGGUCGAUCAACAAUUGCUGACUUGGACACAAUGCGUGCCCGACCAUUGGCAGCCAUUGAGACUCACAAACGGAUGGAGCAUCGACUCAUCAAUUCCAGUGUAUCAAUCUACGUGCGAAAUCUACCCGUCCUGUCAAAUCGCGACCAUCUGGAACUUGUGGCGCAUUCAACGUAUCCUGAUCAUCAAGAUGAAGCUCAGCUUGCUUGAUGCGCAAGGUGAACUCGAGUGCGAUAGCAUGCCAUCAAACCUUCAGGGGGUGGCCGAGCUUCAGCCCAUAUUUCAAGAGCUGGUUGAUGGUGUGUGUUAUAGUGUGCCCUUCUAUCUCGGCAACCUAAGGAAGCCAUUAAGCAUUGCCGACUUCACAGACUCCACAAUCUUGUUUCCAAGCUCACAUGUUCUGGGCCACAACGUAAACUGGAACAAACAGUUCUCAUACCAUCCGCAGGUGGCAGUGGAAGAGCAUAGGCGUCACAUCAUCGCCCAAGGACCAUGGCAUGUCAUGAGCCCACUCAGCCGGCUUCUGACCUUCCACUCCGAGGAGUAUGGGCCGCCAAUGAAGACUCUUUUCAGACCGGGGCAGUACGAGUGGAUCCGUGAUCAGUUCCUGCGGGUUACCACGCUGCUUCACAUCCUCCCAGCGGAUGCUAACACUUAUUCCGGAUGCGGUUCGGUGUCGGAGUCUUUUGACCCCAGGGACUUAGAUACAAUGGCCGAGAACCACGCAAGCAGAGUUCGGCAAGGUGCAACUUUCAUGAGUGGUCCUUAGCAUUACUUGUUCCAGAACCAAUCAUACAAUGCUCACCCCCACCAUCCAGGGAAACAUCCAGAUUUCGGCCAGAUGGGGUCAACUCUUCGAAAGAAUAACAAGAAUUCAGCCCGCAACUAUAUUUCUAUGGCGCAAUCCAAGUCUUGACGCAUUUCCUUUCUCUUCAUAGGAAGGAUACUCACCAAGACCCUAUCACCAGGCUU